AUGUUCUACGAGCAAUGCUCCUCUGCUUUGAGGCCAUUCGAACAUGCGGAAAUUCUUUUUCGUGCCUGUCGGUUUGGUACAUUGGACUUUGUACGCGCAAUUUUGAAGGAUAAUACAAGGAUUGACAUCAAUAUUCGUCACCCAUCGACAGGUUAUUCACCGCUUUUUAUUGCUAUUCGGGCACAACAGCACGAAAUUAUUGAUUAUCUCGUUCAAGAAAAGCGAGCCGAUGUAAAUGGAAAUUCAAAUAUUAGUAUUCACUGUGGAUCGAUGACCAGCUGUGUACAUGAAGCGUUACGUCAACACGACCAAUUAACGCUAUGUCUCUUACUAGAACAUGGAGCUUUGAUCGAUCAAUCUCACAUAUUUUUGGCUAUUAUCGAAUGCUUUCGAUUACUGCAGAAGAAGGCUUUGCCUUUCAACUUGCUCGAUAUUCUCAUUACACAUCGACCUAAACUAUUGGAUGAAAUUGAACGAUCGAAAUUGACCAGUUUCAUCGCUCGACGAAUGCAGUACUCAUCGGAAGUUGCUUAUUCGAUGUCUGUUGUGGCUCUUCUUAAUAAAUUGAUUAACCUUGAUGAUCUCCGAAGUUUAUCUCGGCCAUAUUUUGAUCCAACACCAACAGAAUCGCGUAGACACUAUGCUAAAGUAGCGAUCAUCGGUGCUGGACCAGCUGGCUUGAUGCUUGCCGCACUUCUAGCUCGUUCGGGCAUUGAUUCAGUUGUCUUAGAACGUCAUUCACGCUCUUAUGUUGAAAAUAAUACUCGUGCUGGUGUAUUAGAACAAUCAACAGUGGAUUUACUUGAUGAAGUCAAUGCUUCGGAACGUCUCUUUAAAGAAGGAAUCGUUCAAAGUCGAGUAAACUUCCAAUUUGAUGGUGAAAAUACUGCUAUACCUGUUACAGAAAUUACUCAAGGAAAAUCACUUGUUAUUUAUGGUCAACAAUAUGUUUUACAAGACUUAAUUGAAAAACUUAUUCAGGAUAACCAACAAUUGUGGUUCAAUAUUGAUUCUGUCAAGAUCGACCGACAUGAUAAGAUUGGUAAUCAAAUGGCUUACCGUGAUUAA